GCACAUUGGAGUUUGAGAGUGAAUCAAUGGAAGCUGUUAACAUUCAUGUUUUUCCUGUGUCUACCGAUUCUAGAUCACUUGUGGAAGCAUCAGCGAAAAACGCUAAACACAUCGUUCAACAAACGCAUCCUUGAUAGCUUUAUGCCAUGGUUUGACAAAUGUGCUCUAAAAAUGGUCAACGAAAUGAAGCGUGAGCCGAAUUUUUCUCAAGUGGAUGUAAUGAAGCACUGUGGUCGUUGCACUCUAGACAUGGUAUGCGGCUCGACGAUUAGCACAGACAUCUUGGACAAUCCGGAAGCAAAUACAUAUUUACCUAAAAUAGAAAAAGGUUUGGCAAUAGUGGCUGAUCGAAUUACCAAUGUACUGAAGCAUCCAGAGUGUUUGUACAAGCUCACUAGUGACUACAAGCUAGAAAUGCAAUAUCGCAAGGUUUUCGAUCAAUUCAUCAAUCCGAUAAUUGCUGAAAAGAGAAUCUCUUUUUCAACGGAUAGUGACAAUACUUCUGUCAAGGAGGAAGAUGAAAUGGAAUACAGAAAGCCUCAAGUAUUCAUCGACCAUCUACUGAAAGGAAAACGUGGUGGGGAACCAUUUCCCGAUGUCGAAAUUGUGCAGCAUUGUUUAACAAUAAUUCUUGGGGGUAAUGACACGUCUGCUUUAGCGAUCUGCCAUUUGUUGACUUUAUUGGCAAUGCAUCGGGAUGUCCAGGAAAAGGUUCGUGACGAAAUUAUGGCCAUUUUUCCUGCCGAUGGUAAAAUCGAAACAACACCAGAAGCUUUGAAUGAAUUGGUGUAUCUGGAACGAUGCAUUAAGGAAGGGUUGAGGUUGUGUCCUUCAGUACCAGUUGUGGGCAGGGUCUGCACCGACGAUAUAGAGGUAGAUGGCAACAUUAUUCCACGUGGAGCAUCGUUUUUCUUUAGCAUCGGUGCAUUGCAUCGCAGGAAAGAUCUUUGGGGACCGGAUGCGGAACUAUUCGAUCCGGAUCGAUUUUUGCGGGAACGUUCCCAGGGUCGUCAUCCGUAUGCAUUCGCACCAUUCAGCAUUGGUUCCAGAGAUUGCAUCGGCCAACGAUAUGCCAUGAUGAGUAUGAAAAUGGUACUAGUAUACUUGUUGGUUAACUUUCGUUUCCACACCGAUCUAGAGUACGAUAAGAUGCAAUUUAAAUUCAACAUCACACUAAAGCUAUCUCAAGGAUAUACCUUCAAGAUUGAGCCGAUCGGCGCUUGCUAAUAAUACGAACUAUUAUUAUAUGAUGAAGAUAGAUCUUUUCUUUACAUUGUUUUAUGAGGUUUGGCGUUAACUUGACACCAAGAGUGAAAGCCUGUUAAUUGAUCAUGACAAGAAAGCGUUCAGUCUAUUCUCCUGGGUGAAUGUCUGAUGCUCAUGGAUCUCGUCUGACACUUUCACUAAAAAUUUAAUUCUUGGCUAGGUACUUUAUCACUGUACAGCCUAUUGCUUCAACCUCCAGGAAAAAUGUAGUCAUUUUGUUUGUAUUAGAUUUUUCAGCUCUAAAUUUAGCUGAACCUUACGACGAUAUUGGUCUGCAAUCGAGUGACCAGAACAAGGCUAUUGUUCCUGCAUGUAGUAUCGAUCUUCGAGACGAUCGUUAGAAACCUUUAAAAGGUUUCUGUUGAUAGAAGUGUUGAAGCGUUUGGUAGGAGGUUAUUCAACACGUCUGAAAUGAGAAGAUGAUUUGGAUUGAAAUAUAUCUAACCUUGAAGAUUCAGUCCAUGGUGUCACCCAAUCCAUUCUGUAUCGUUCGCGGUUCGUCCAUUGGUAUAUAUACGGCCCCUCUUUGUUUUGCCCCAAUGCAAUUACUUCUGAUUGCGGAUGUUCUGAUUUAUUCAAAAAUGCUUACCGAGCUUAAUGCCACAUUCUUUGUUUGCACAUAUCGCUUAUGUUCGCGAUGCUCACCAGUUAAGCGUAAUUGUUUACUGUUUAUAAUUUCUUUCAAAAAAGAAGUUAUUAUGUUGUGGUAAACUGUUAUAUUGGAUUGUUUCUGAAGUUGAAGUAGGUGUGGUCAAGAACUUAUUUUGUCUAGAAAUUAGCAAGUAUAUUACAGAUGAUGACUACGUGGUAGAGAACUCGUAUGCAAUAUAGUAAAGUUUAGAAAUAUUUUGUCAUGUGUACGCUAUAUAUAGUUAUGUCUCAACAUCCAGUACACUACCAUGUAAAUGUAAAUGACGCAGCGCGCAGUGUAUGAAAAUGCGUGUAUGCUGAUGCAUGUAAUAGCGACGCAUCGGAACUGUCGCUCUCUUCUGUUCCAACCAUCAGUGAAUACAAUGUGCUUUGCAAGCCGACUCAUUAUUAUAUGUCUACAAAUAUAGUAUGCAAAUGAUUUGUUUGUCACUUACAUGUAACAAUUUAUAAGAAGCAACACUGGAACAAAUAAAUAAAGUUAAAACACGCACUUGAAAUCCUGUGGUCCUUGCAUGUAUUUGGGCAUAGUUUGCAUUAGUAUGAAAACUGGGUUUCAGCUAAAUACGGCUUAAAAAUAGCCAAAAAUAUCCAUAUUUAUGUAAUAAAACCAGUUGGUCUGUGCUUCAGUUUUGAUUUUAUGUUUUCUCUCCUCUUCUUCGUUUCUGGUUCUGUUGUCUUUCACUUUCAUUUUGCUAAAGACUACGAAGAACCUUGAAUUUCUGGCAAAGCUUAAUAUGGAAUGAUUCAACUUUUACGUACCACAAAAAUUGAGAAAUUUUAACCUAACCUCCUACCCCCAGCUAUCGUAACAAAACGUAACGCUGAAAGUAUCGCCCCUCUUUUAACUACGUGCAUCCUAUUUUCUCUCGCAGUACUGUACGACGAGAAGCAGGGAUCGCGUGCAACAAAAAGAUGUUUUGUCGUUACACGUGUCUCAGCGAACCAGAUAUUCUGUUUAUAGCUGGUGACAGGUUUCAUCGGUUUGUUGUGAGAAAGAAACUGCCAUCGAGUGGCACCCAAACCGGGAUUAUUUAAUGCCACAACCGUUCAGAAUACCUUCCAGUUGAUGUAAGCCAGUGCAAAAGUAAAGAUCGAAAGGAUUUGGUGAUAUGGUUGAUUCUGGUGCUAGCAGUAGUGUUUAAUCGUUUCACAAGAAAAUCAAUAUUUUUAUGGGAAUUGUAAUGAUUAUCGAAACUGAGAACUUUUCAUAUACAGUAAACUUAAUCAAAUGAACUAAAGGUUAAGUGAAUUGGUCGUAGGUUGAUCCUAGAAUUUCGAGUGCUUUACGGUUUUAGUAUCUCCACAAGUCUGAAUAGAACUCGUGAAAAUGCAGUUGUUUCUGUUGUCGCUUGUCGUUAUUUUCGGUACCAUCUUGUAUUGGAAAUAUAAAAGCAUGUUCAAGUAUGCGGAUAAUAUAGAAAUGCUACAUUCGUACGUUCCUCUGUUCGGCCAUUCGCUCCUGAUGUUGGGAAAAUCGAGCGAACAAGUGUUUAAAAUAUUUAACGACGCGUUCCUGAAGCACGAUCGGUUAUUUAAAGUAUUAAUAGGACCGACGAUGUACAUCUCCUCAUCUCAUCCUGACAUCAUGCAAGCUGUGCUGGACAAUCCGAAGGCGAUGA